AAUACAAUACGACCGUGUUUCCAUCACUCCGAUACACGAAAUAUGCAUGACAAAAAUCUAUACAGGCGUCGCAAAAUCUAUACACACGAAACAUGCAUGAUCGGGUUCCCAUCACAAGGACGUGAUCAUGCCAACUUGCUGUAGGACUCCAUAUGAACCAGAAUCCGGUUACAUAUAUGAUCCAGUCCCGACUCGGUCUCGAAUUCCCUCCCCGGCCGGCCUACAUAUAUAUACAGGCGCGUGCGCGGGCAUACUCGAUCGCCUCACAGUAUAAUUGGCAGUACGGUCGACAAUGGGUGCCACGGCGAGCCGAUCGGCGCCGAUGACGUGCGACGACUUGCCGGUCUUGUGGUACUCCAAGCUGGUGCGGUCACGUCGCGUGCUGAAUGUGGGCAAAGUCUUCUUCGACGGCCUCGUCUGCAACGUCGAAAUUUUGCCCAUGUGUUUCGACAAGGACGGCCUAGCCAACGUCUUGAUCGUCUCGGUGGGCGUCAUGUUGGAUCGUCACCUCAGAUCGUUCGCCGGCACCCACGUCUCCCUCGAAAUCUUGGACGCGACCGGCCAGCACACCGUCUUCCACAAAGACAGUGACCAAGAAGAGGACAGUUUCUACUGGCUGACCAUGUACGUGCGCAGGUGCGAGCUGGAGGCGUCGUCGUGCGUGUCUGCCAGCGACAGAUUAACCAUCCGGUGCACUCUGGAGAAGAAGCAGCAGGUAACAAAGCGGCCGCACCUGCUCGGAAUCUUGUUCAAACCCAACGCGGUUCAGGAGCCGCCGCAGGUCGCCAUGGACGGGUCCCACACGCUCACCGUCGGCAGCUUCUCCGAGCUCAGCGCGGCGCUUCGUGCCGAAGGGGACGGUAUCUACUCCAGGCACUUCGCCAUAGGGGGGAGCAGAUGGUACAUCAAAUUCUGCCCCAAAUAUCACGGACGGUCCUUCUUGUGCCUCGGCCGCGGCCGCAUGGGCAAGGGCGAGAUGCCGAUGACGGUAGAGUUCAGCUUCGACCUCAAAGGGGUGGUGAACCACCAGUCCCAGAAGAUGACGCACACGUUCGACCGUGACAACGAUGACUUCUUCUACGAUCUAGAGCAAAUUAGAAGAACGUCGCCCAUGCAGGACGACAGCCUCCUUGUUCGGUGCUGCCUCACCGUUGUCAUGCCGGAGGAGACUCCCAUCGCCGUCCCAGUGUGCAGCAGCGAAUCAGUGCUCACUCCUCUACUCAGCGCCAUGCAUGGCUAGCUAGUUUGGGCUACAGAAGACAGGCCCACACAAAACUAGUAUAGCUCUGCAAUCAACAGGUUAGUCAAUAGUCAUACCGGCAACUUAUUUGUGAUUCGAAACUACUUCACAGACGACAUUUGCUUGCACGAUCCUGAGCCCAUGCCAAAUCCAACAACUUUCUGUACAUUGGCGUCUUGAAUGGAUGGUGUGAGAUGGAGUGUCGUGCUGAAAUCGUCAGUGAAUGUCGUCUGUAUAGCAGUUCUCUUCUCUUUGUGAUUUACUCUCUUCGUUUCUUUUUAGUCUGCAUAUAAGGUUUCGUCAAAGUCAAACUUUGUUAACUUUGACUAAGUUUAUAAAAAAAUAUAUCGAGAUAC